AUGGAGGCGCAUAUCUUAUUGACUGAGAUAUUUUGUUUGCUUGGUACGCCAACAGAAGAAACUUGGCUCGACAUGUCUUCUAUAUGCAAUUUUAUUCAAGCAUUUAACCCUCUAAUACAACCAAAGGACCUAGCUGAAGAGUUCACUAGCCUUGAACCUGCUGGUCUUGAUCUUCUUUCGAAAAUGCUUUGCUUGUGUCCAAAUUGCAGGAUUUCAGCUUAUGAAGCUCUUGACCAUCUAUAUCUUCGACAUUGA